UUUCGCCAGCGAAGCUCGGCUACAUGAAAUCGUAAUUUAAAGUUUGAAGGAUCUCUAGCUCGGAUUCUCUGGUUUGCCCUGGUUGAAAUAACGCGAGUGACACAUCAAAAGACAGGCUUUUUUUUAUGUGGUUUUACAAUAUUAUAUCCGUUGAGAAAUGGCUACUACUAAUGAAUAUACUAAAUUGUUCAUAUGUUCGACCGGCAUAUUUGUGUGCUAUUUCUACUUCGGUAUGUUACAAGAGAAAAUCACACGUGGACAGUACGGCGAUGGGGAGAAUCGGGAAAAAUUUACGUACAUGUUUGCACUGGUUUUCAUUCAGUGUCUGGUGAAUUACAUAUUUGCUAAAAUGAUUUUGCUGACGGUGAUGAAACAAGGCGAGGAUACUACAAGGACUAUAUAUUAUUCGUUGUCUGCUCUAACAUAUCUUCUUGCUAUGGUGUGCAGUAACAUGGCAUUACAGUUUGUCAAUUAUCCGACGCAGGUGAUCGGUAAAGCUGGCAAGCCUAUACCUGUGAUGAUAUUAGGUGUAUUGCUAGGAAAAAAGAUAUAUCCAAUUAGAAAGUACAUAUUUAUUUUCUUGAUUGUCGUUGGAGUUGCAUUGUUUAUGUAUAAGGAUGGUAAUGUUUCUAAAAAGCAAGCAGAGUCGCAAUUGUCAGUUGGAGAAUUGUUAUUACUAUUGUCGUUAACGAUGGAUGGAUUAACAAGUGCAGUGCAGGAACGAAUGAGAGCUGAGCAUAAUUCAAAAUCAGGACACAUGAUGCUCAAUAUGAACUUUUGGUCUGUUAUCCUUAGUAGCGCAGUGAUUCUUAUUUCUGGAGAACUUUUUGAAUUUAUUCGUUUCCUACAAAGGUAUCCUUCCACCAUAUGGCAUAUAAUGACAUUUUCUAUGGCUGGAGCAUUUGGACAAUAUUUUAUAUUUCUAACUGUAGCUGAAUUUGGUCCACUGCCAUGUUCAAUUAUAACCACUACUAGGAAAUUUUUUACUGUUUUAGGCUCUAUAUUAAUUUUUGGAAAUAAUCUUUCUCUUAGACAAUGGUUGAGUACACUUAUAGUAUUUUUAGGUUUAUUUUUGGAUGCUAUGUAUGGUAAAGAUAAAAGUAAGAAAGGUACUGUAAAAUAGAAUGUGAUAAUUAUCUCAACAGUUACU